AGACAACUAGACAGUCUGGGCACGAGGAGAGACACAAAAGGAAGGAGAAAAGAUAUUCAGGUUAGAAGAGGCUGCUCUUUGCAGGUGCUAUGAGAGGCUUGGUGUCCUUCACAGUCCUUGCACUCCUUUUACUGGUGCACAGCUCCCAGGCAGUCUAUGUCCAGGAUGGCAACUUGAAAUUCUCCCUUGAAUCUGUGAAGAAGCUAAAGGAGCUUAUGGAUGAGAACAAAGUCAUUAACCCUCGCAUAGUGGUUGCAAAGGCUGGGUAUUCUCCAUGUCAAGAUAAAGCUCUCCCUGAGGAAUUCCAACCUGUGUGUAAAAGAGAAGAUGCACCUAUGAUUUUCGAGAGGCUGUGCUUGGUUGCCAGUGAAGCUGAUUUGUGUGAAAUCUGUGCCAAUGCUGCCUGCUCUGGUUGCUUUUGAAUAAGGAUGAAACAAUCCAAAGACAACGUGCCAAACUAGGAAGUUUGUGCAUUUGUAUUGUAAGAUCACAUAACCUCACAAAUCACCUUUUAGGCUUCAUCUUCACUGCAGUCAAACUGAAGCUGUUAGCUCAUGUAGACAUACUAAGGGUAAUUUUGAAGUAGUGAGAUCAGGUAAUACCAGCAAUGCAGUUCUGGCAACAGGAAGACUAAACUUCAUCUGAGAAGCUGAAGAACCAUGAAGAACCAAGAACUGAGCAUUGUCUUGCCUUGAGCCAUGAGCUGUCUAUGUGAGCUGUAUCAUGCUUGACUGGAGUGAAAAUAUCCUGGACUCAAUGUUUCAAUUUCCAGUAUUUUAUCUGGAUUGGAACAUGAUGGGUCAAACUGAGUAGUCUCCUCUAGCCUUUUAAUAUCUAAAUCUCCCUGUGAUCUGGUUUCCACUACACAUAUACACCUAAGCAGCAUAGGGUUGUAAUCUUUUCUAACUCAAGCUAUCCAGUUGGUUGGAUAAAUGUCUGUGCCUGUAGGUCUGGGCAUGGUAUGUGUUUGAUUGUAACGGAGCUAUAGCAUGUAACCUGGGGACGAGUCAUAAGUGUUUAGCAACACUUUAAUAGCUAGGAAGUUCUCCAUCUGUUACUUGUACUAAUAUUUAAUGCCAAUUUACAGAACAGAUGUAGAAGAGCACAGGAGCUAGUAAUCUUUUGCUCAUGGUUGUACAGAAGUCCCCUUCUUUUGGCGGAUGUUUGUUAAGCUCUGUUUAGGAGAAAGGAAGUCCAAGCUGCAAUGCUGGAAUCGCUUUGAAAGGAAAACAUUGCCUUGUUUUUAUUUUUGAGUGGAAGUUUGUGAAGAAAGGGUCUACCAAUGUUUGUAUGCUACUGUACAUGAAAUAAAGGUUCGAGAUAA